AUGCCACCCAAACCUCCUAUCCGGCUUCCUGCGAAACCUCCUACUGCACCGAAAGCGUUUGCGAAGCCCUCACUACCGGUUCGACCCGCAAAUCCAGCCCCGCGCACUCCGCAUCCAUCAAAGCCCACCCCAGCAACACCAUCUCGCACCGCUCCCCCACCACCACCACCCCGAUGGCAUGAAACCGCACGCGCUCGCACAGGCGGCCGCUACCUAAAAUGGGGCACAAACGGCAUCGUAGCCAUCUGCGCGCUCCUCUGGAUCCGCGACCACUUCAUUGAAAUCCAGCAUGUGCGUGGCUCCUCCAUGGCACCCACGCUCAGUCCCGACGCGCACGAGACGGGUCGGGAAGAUUAUGUUAUCGUGCGACCGUAUCAGGAGCGCAGAGAUGGCAAGAAACGGAAUGUGAAAGGAGACAAGGGUGAAAAUGGGAAGGACGGCGCGAUCUUUUGGGGCGUAAAAAGAGGCGACGUAGUAACGUUCUGGAAACCGCACAAACCGGGGGAAAUGGGGAUAAAACGCGUUGUGGCGGUGGAGGGGGAUACCGUAUAUCCUACACGGGGCUACGCGCUUGACCCGCAGUCCUUCCAAAACAGACUGAAGGGUGUACCAGACGGACUACCUGAUCACGACGAGGACAGCGUUGCGGGUAGAGAUGGGGAGGAGGUGGGGGAAGGCGGUCAGGGUUUGGAGGGACUGGUUGGGGCUGAGGGAGGUGGGGGAUGA